AUGAGCUCUUGGUCUCGACUGUUCCAGCAAUUCGAGCGUAACCUACGGCAAAACCUCUCCAACAUGACCUCCUCGCUCUCAGCACGCUCACCCACGCCAGCCCGCCCAGAGCGCGCAGCUCCCGGAGAUGCAGAAGAACUGAAGCACGCGCCAGGAUUCCAGGACCUGGCCAAAGAGUCCAACAAGCAGAUUUGUAACGUCAAGGCCCUCGAGAUUAAGGUCUCCUCUUCGGACACUGUCAAAGCUGUCGCUGGGUUCCUACAUACACCCCAGAAUUACCGACGCGAGCAGGCCGAGGGGCGUGAAAAGACGGCGGCUAUCCUGUUAUCCGGUGCUGGCGGAGGAGUCGUCGGUCCAUCCUCCAUCUACCUCAGUAUUGCCGACAAGCUGGCCUCAUUGAGAAAAGGAAUUCCAGUCUUGCGUCUCGAUUACCGAUAUCCGGCUAGGAACAAGUAUUGUGUCCCAGAUGUGCUGGCUGCUAUGAACUACCUGGAGAACGGCUUCGCUGUCAGCCGCUUCGUCUUGGUCGGUUGGAGUUUCGGUUCGGCACCUGUCCUGACAGUCGGAGCCCAAGACGACCGAGUUGUUGGCUGUGCCACCGUCGCCGGCCAAACCGCAGAGACAGAAGGUAUGCAACAGGUCGCUCGGAGAAACAUCCCUACCCUUCUACUACACGGCACGAGCGAUCGGACGCUUUCUCCGUCAUGCUCUGAGUCGCUGCGGGAGAAGUAUCGAAGAGCCACGCAGGGUGGGCAUUGCGAGCUUCAGCUUUUCGAUGGGGAUGAUCAUGCACUUUCGAAGAACGCGCUGAAGGCAGAGGAGCGGCUCUGCGACUUUAUUAUGGCUCAGGCUGGGGAGGAGAUCGGUGCCGCGGAGCAGGAGAGCGUCGUACAGAAGCCGUUGCUCGACGACAGGCAGAGACGGGCACAGAUGGAGAAGGGCGGUGAUCUACAGGGUGAGAGUAUUGAGUAG